AUGUUCCCCAGAGGGACUUAUGUUUCCCCAGAGAAGCGAUGCGUUUUGGGCAAAUGCGUAUUCGGAAAUACGGGCGUGCUGGCCUAUCUUGGGCUGGCACUAUUACUGGCUGGCUGUGACCAGUCGGCAAUUGCAGAAAGUGAAACAACAAAGGCAGAGGGUGAGACAGUGGCUUUAGACAGUGAAGUAAAAGAGGCCAGCUAUCUGCUGGGAUUUAAGCAGAUCGAAGACCUGCUGCAACAAACAGACGGUGUUAUCGAUGCGGAUGCCUAUCUGCAAGGUGCCAAAGAUUUUGUUGGCGACAAGACCAGUCAGGUGAGCGACGCGGAUCAGCAGCGGGUUUUUACCGCACUUCAAGCUGCUGUGGGCGCAAAACAGGCGGAAGCCAGCGCUGGUGUGCGCGAAGCGGGUGAGGCUUUUCGUGCGGAAUACGCGACGCGAGAGGGGGUAACGCAGCUGCCUUCGGGAUUGUUGUAUGAAGUGAUUACUGAAGGCUCAGGUCCUAAACCAACGGCUUCAGACACAGUAACCACCCAUUACCAUGGCACAUUGGUUGAUGGCACUGUGUUCGACAGCUCUGUUGAUCGUGGUCAACCGGCCAGUUUCCCGGUGAAUGGUGUGAUUGCAGGAUGGACUGAGGCCCUGCAGUUGAUGAACACGGGUUCGAAAUGGCGCCUCGUCGUACCGUCCGACCUUGCUUAUGGUGAUCGUGGCGCAGGCGGGCAGAUCAAACCCGGCGCAACGCUUAUCUUCGAAGUGGAAUUGCUGGAAAUCAACUAG